CUCGUUUCCAACAAGAUGCCUUAUUUCACAAAACUCCUUUUAUUAAUUUUCUGCUUAGUUCUUCUCGUGGAAAGCAGAAGGCACAGGAGGAGGAGGUGGACGACCCAUCCGGAUGUGCAGAGGGCAAGCCACAUCUUUAAGAGGAAUCGGGACUUGACCAAGGCCUGGAGAGGAAAGACGGAGCAGCUGCUCAGAGUGGACGAACACGACUUCACCAUGCGGCCGGCCUUUGGAGGCCCUGCCAUUCCUGUUGGGGUGGAUGUGCAAGUUGAAAGCUUGGACAGUAUUUCUGAGGUUGACAUGGAUUUCACCAUGACCUUGUACUUAAGGCACUACUGGAAGGACGAGCGUCUCUCGUUUCCCAGCACCAACAACAAGAGCAUGACCUUUGAUGGCAGGCUGGUGAAGAAGAUCUGGGUCCCUGAUGUCUUCUUUGUGCAUUCCAAGAGGUCCUUCAUCCAUGACACCACCACGGACAACAUCAUGCUGCGAGUGUUCCCCGAUGGGCACGUCCUCUACAGCAUGAGGGUCACAGUGACAGCAAUGUGCAACAUGGACUUCAGCCACUUUCCCCUGGACUCUCAGACAUGUUCUCUGGAGCUGGAAAGCUAUGCUUACACUGAUGAAGAUCUGAUGCUGUAUUGGAAAAAUGGGAAUGAAUCUCUGAAAACUGAUGAAAAAAUUUCUUUGUCUCAGUUUUUGAUACAAAAGUUCCACACCACAUCAAGACUGGCUUUCUACAGUAGCACAGGUUGGUACAAUCGCCUCUAUAUAAACUUCACCUUACGCCGACACAUCUUCUUCUUCCUGCUCCAAACCUACUUCCCUGCCACUCUCAUGGUCAUGCUGUCCUGGGUGUCCUUCUGGAUCGACCGACGAGCAGUUCCUGCCAGAGUCUCUUUGGGGAUAACCACUGUGCUGACCAUGUCCACGAUCAUCACUGGGGUGAAUGCCUCCAUGCCUCGUGUUUCCUACAUCAAAGCAGUGGACAUUUACCUGUGGGUCAGUUUUGUGUUUGUCUUCCUAUCGGUGCUGGAAUAUGCAGCUGUGAAUUACCUGACAACAGUGCAAGAGCGGAAGGAGAGGAAACUGCGGGAGAGGUUUUCGUGUUCGUGUGGAAUACCUCACUCGAAAACUAUGAUGCUGGAUGGAAACUACAGUGAAUCUGAUGCCAACAGCCUGGCAGGGUACACGAGAAACCAGAUGGCAGCAGAAGAGGAAAAACCAGAAAAGAUGGUUGUGCAUCUAGCCAUGAGCAAUGAAUCCAAUUCAUCAAGGAAGAGAGGCCUGAAGGGCCACGUGGGCUUGCGCAUCAUCCAGAACACUCAUGCAAUUGAUAAAUAUUCAAGGUUAAUAUUCCCAGGCACCUAUAUAUUUUUUAAUUUGAUAUAUUGGUCUGUCUUUAGCUAAGCAUGCUAGCACUUCUGAAUCAGAAGAUGUCUACAAAACACUCUUUUGUUGGUACUUUUUUUUUGGUCUAAUCUGGACACAAAACUAGAAACCUGAUUAUUGUAUUGCUUCUUUGAAGUGUAAAUGGGAGGACACAUCCCACAGGAGGCAAUUGCAUGUGCAGGCCUCAUGGAGGAACUCUCUGUGCUGGUUGGUUUCCAGCCCACCCCCUGCUUACGUGUGCUUUAUGACACAUGACAUUUCUCAUACUUGAAAAUACGUGUCCACCAUACAGCCAAAAGUGCUGGAUGCUCGUUUGGGGCUGGCCACACUGGUGGUGCCUGCUGUGCAAUGGACAACCAAAGACAAUGCUCAUGUGAGCUGUAAGGAAUUAAAUAAAUGCAACUUGUGUGGGGAGGUCUGGACAGUGCUUCUCCUGUAAGGAUACUGAAUGCUUUCCUUUACUUUUGAGAAAAUUACUUUCUUUUCUCUUUGGCAUAUAAACAUAACUUUUCUCCAUUGUUUUGUGAAGAACACCUCCUUUAAGGGUACAGAUUCUGCUUUCUGUCUGGACAGAACCUUCAUCAGUACCACUAGGACAGCUUGCCAGCCAGGAUCAGCUGGGCUGGCUACAGAGCACAGGUGGGAUGUUUGAGUCAGGGUUUUUUUCUAGAUUACAAAGUGAAGCCCACAGACAAACUGUACAUCCCAAUGUGCCUCUCCCAGUCAACACAAUGCCCUUCUGUUCAGGCAUUUGGGAUCAAAAGGGACGCAUGUCUGCCAGAACCUCUCUGCAGAAACAGAGGCAUGUCAGAGAUUAAAUGGCCAGGGAUAACACUGUGGGUCUAAGGUUGAUGUAAGUCCUUUGAAGAUGCUGCACAGCAUUGUAACACGCUUAUGUGCUUGGCAGUUCUUUUCCUAUCCUGUGAUAUCUCCUUUUCCUUUGCUAACAACACUGACAGCAAAACCCAAAUGCAGAAACAUGAUAGCAACACAACAGCAAUGCUCAGGUUUGUGUGCUCCUUAUUUUAAGAAAACACCAUGACUUUUUGGCUGUCGUGGAGAUUAUGUAUAUCAAAACACUUGUUUACCAAGCUGAAGCUGAGCAGUAGGGGCAGAGCUUGACAUGUGAAGAGCCAGGACUGAGGUUAGAAUAAAGAAAAAGCAAACAAAAAUACUGCUGUAACCAUAAUUAUUUGUCAACACAUGAAAUUUUCUGCUUACGUAGCAGGAAUUCUUACAUCCUAAAUCUCAGGGGAUGCAGAAAGUAGCAGAGAAAUGUCAACUCUUGGCUGUCAGCCAUACCCAGGUUUUCCCUUGUGCCUCAAAUAUUACUGCCUAAGUCAAGCUGAUUUAGAGGAAACAAAUUUGAUGAGAGAAGCUAAAAUUAACAACUAUGCUCCUCUUUAAUCAGCCAUGUUAAUAACUGACAUGAAUGGAGUUCUGUCUGGUCAUAAAAGUAAGAAACCACAGCCCUGAAGUUGCUGGCAAGAAGAGGAAGGACAGUGUCUGAGGGGCAGGACUGCCUAGCCUGCCUCUUGUCUCCUGAGCCACCAGGAGAGUGCAUUUACCACUCAUUGCUCAUGGAGCUGAAACCUGGAUAUGCCUCACAUCGACAGAUGGAGGUCACUACCAGAAAGACACAAAAAAUAUUAAAGAAAUAGACCACUCAUCUUUUGAGAGGUUAAACCCUGGGCAUAACUUCAGCAUUAGGUUAAAGCAUUAGUGCAUUCUUCAGCAUUAGCAGUUUUGAGUGUAAAACAGGAGCCAAUGUUCCAGCUGGCAGCAGGACAGUUGCAGCAAAGGGAAAGGCAGCCCAACUACAGCAUGAAGCCACCAGAGAGUUCAGGGAGUGAGAAGCUUGGUUCCUGUGCCCCUGUUUUGCCAGUCUUUGGGCAUUACCCACGGCACGUGCCAUUUAACCUCGCAGUGCCUCAGCUCCUCCAUCUGGGAAGUGAGGAGCACUAGGAUGUGCCUGCCUCAUAAGGGGCUCAGCAGGCUUAGAUAGCACGUGUGUGGGGCAUGCCUAUGAUUUCUGAGCAGGCCACCCAGUGGGAAUCCAGUUUUGUGUUAGUUACCAGUGAGUUCUUCAAAUGCAUGCUCUGAACCAGCCCAGCUGGAAGAAAGCAGGUAUCUCUCCUGCCUUAUGAUGCUGUUACAGCUCCCCUGCACUCCAAUGAUACUAAACCAGGGAUAAGUGUAGACAAACAGCCCAAAAGUGAGGACUGUCAACGAAUAAUGACUCUUGGCAUACAAUACCCAGGAAGCCCUAGUGCUUUACUUUGCCAUUUCUUUUUUUACACCUCCUGUUCCCUUAGAAGUUACGUGAUGGCAAAGAUGUCCUUUAGGUCCUCUCAUCUUUGUACUAGCAUUCCCAGUAGUUUUAAUAUCUAAUAGGCAUGUUUUGGAGAGGAUACCUUACUGUUAUUUUAUUUGCAUGUGUACAUAACUGAUAGACAUUGAUGUCUGCUUUUGUCAGCCUGUAAAACCAUCAAGAGGGUGUUUUUCCACUAAAGCAAAAAAAAAAAAAAAUCCCUCCUCUAUCUUAGGCAUUACUUAAGCUCAUUGUUAAUUGAAACACCAAAUUAAAAGUAUAGAUGCAAAUAAAGCCAAGUCUUCUCCUUCAGUCAGCAUUAUGAAUUGUAUUUUUCUGUUUAUUCAGAAGAGAGUGGCUAGGCAUGAAGUUAGAGCAGAUAUUUGAAGUGUGGCAUUGACAAUGUAUUUCACCUUUGAUUUCCCCUGGAUUACAAGGGACUCCAUGAGCAUUGUCUAACCUCCAGUUGCCAAAUCCCAAAACCAGUGCAUUGAGAGAGUGCCUGAAGCUGGGCUUGAAUGCUCUUUGAUGGAUACAACCCAGUUCUCUGAAGCACUGAGCAGAUGGACAAUGAACCCACUGAAGGAGAGGAUUUUCACAAGUGCACAGGAGAUUUGGGCAAAUUGAGGCCACUGGUGAAAAUGCGUUCUCUGGACGACUUGGUCCAAUUGCAAAGAGAGAAAAUGUCAGCUCUGCUCAUUCUAGGUUGGCUCCAUUGUAAUUUUACUUCUAACCAAAUAAUGUCUUUGAGAAAAAGCAACUGUAUAGAUAUGUGCACAUAUGUAUAAUGUGUGUGCAAGCAUAAUGUAUAGCCAAGGAAGACACUGGGAUGUGCACCUAUGUUCAAUAGUGCCCAUAUGUGAAAUUGUAACAUAUUGUAUGUAAAUUAUCAUUUAUUAUGCCCAGAAAACUUACUAUGUUGAAUGGAAAAAAGGCUCUUAUUGUCAGUCAGGGACCAAGAGAUGAGGUAUUGGCAAAAACAUGGGUUCUCUUACAUUAUUUUUCUGAAAAAGGAGGUAUUGAGAAGGAUACAAGCAAUAUGGAUGCUAAACUUGUGCAGUGGGUACAAUCCACUGUGCUGAUUGCUGUAAUCA